ACAAAGUUUGUAAUUAGAAAACAACUGAGAGAACAAGAAACAGAAACAGAAACAAAAAUGGCGGAUUCGUUGUUGUUGGAAACUCGAAUCACACAGCAAAAGCAAUACGAGUCCAAACCAUUCCCGGCGGUGAUAUCACCACCGUCUUCGUCGAUUCCGAUUCCUGCUCUGUCUCUCCCACUCUUCACUCAGAGUAUCAAGAAUCAGAAACCUUACCUCGAUUCGCUCUUGCACGGGUCCGGAGCAGUGCUGUUCAGAGGUUUUCCGGUGAAUUCCGCCGAGGGUUUCAACGACGUCGUUGAGGCUUUUGGUUUCGAUGAGUUUCCUUAUGUCGGAGGCGCUGCUCCUCGCUCUAGCGUCGUCGGUCGUGUCUUUACGGCUAAUGAGUCUCCUCCUGAUCAGAAGAUUCCUUUUCACCAUGAGAUGGCUCAGGUUCCUGAGUUUCCAUCAAAGUUGUUCUUUUACUGUGAGGUAGAGCCUAAGUGUGGAGGAGAGACUCCAAUUGUGUUGAGUCAUGUGGUGUAUGAGAGAAUGAAAGAUAAACAUCCAGAGUUUGUUCAGAGAUUAGAGGAACAUGGUUUGCUCUAUGUUAGGGUUUUAGGGGAAGAUGAUGAUCCAUCAUCACCCAUUGGCCGUGGUUGGAAAUCCACGUUCUUGACUCAAGACAAGAACCUUGCUGAGCAAAGGGCAGCUAAUUUGGGAAUGAAACUGGAAUGGACUGAGGAUGGAGCCAAGACGGUAAUGGGUCCAAUCCCGGCUAUCAAAUACGAUGAGUCCAGAAACCGUAAAGUAUGGUUCAAUAGCAUGGUAGCUGCUUAUACGGGCUGGGAGGAUAAGCGGAACGAUCCAACAAAGGCAGUGACUUUUGGGGACGGGAAGCCUUUACCUGCAGAUAUAGUCCAUGACUGCCUGAAGAUCCUUGAAGAGGAAUGUGUUGCUGUUCCAUGGCAGAGAGGAGAUGUUUUGCUUAUAGAUAACUGGGCGGUUCUUCACUCUCGAAGACCGUUUGAUCCUCCUCGUCGAGUCCUUGCAUCACUCUGCAAAUAGAAUAUGUUGUCUUCCACACUUAAAAUCAAAGCUUUAGAUUUUGGAAUAGAGGCAAGAGUACUGUACAUAUUGCAUACAUAUAUUUGGGGUGUAUAAUAACCCAUUUCUUUAUUCGAAACAUCUCUUAUUUACACUGCA